AAGUAACCAUCCCGACCGGAACUGAGCCGCAUGAAAAGGGCAUGGUGAAAAUGCUGCGCCACUGCUGCGACUGCUGCGCGGCACCUGCCGCGACCACUGCUGCGAUGUUCCUAAACCUACUUGUCCUCCGAACGAGCCAUGGACUCGAGGGUGCUCCGAUUCCUUAUGUGUGUAUCCACGCUCCCAGAGUCACGGUCAGGCGAUAUCACCGAGAUUCGCAGUACUCCCGUCUGAUUCCUCUGCAUACAAUGUUUUUUUAAUGAGCGACUGCGUAGUUGCGGGCAUUUGUCUCAAGCCUGAUGCGGCCAUUGGCACCUUUCUUCACGUUCUCGGUCCUCCAU